CUUCUGCCGGCGGAACGCGCCGUCCUGCGACUGGGAUUUCCGACUUCGAUGCGACCGGCAGCUGCUGCCCUUGGCCAGCGACUCCCGCCCCGCCGAGCCUGACCUCUUCCUCCUCCCUCCAAGCCAUCCGGGAAGGAGCGCUUCCCCGCAACCCUCCCCUCGACGAGCCUCCCGCAAGGUAGGGAGGGAGCCGAGGGAGAGCCGCCAUGAGCGAGGCGAGCCCACGGCGCGAGCCCGCGGUGGGCAGCUCGUCGUCGCUGACGUCAUCGCCUGCGUCCAACGGCGCCAGCAGGCGGACGCCCGUCAUCCGCCUGCACGGAGCGCCCACGCUCUCGCCGCGACCAGCGCCCAAGAAAGGUGGACGUCGUGCGUCCGAGUUCUGCUUCCGCGAGCCCCCCGAGUACGUGCACCUGGCCCCGCCGCGGUCCACGGUGUCCACUCCCCCGCCGGGCCGCAAGCGUUCCGCGUCGCUGCCGCAUGUGCGCAGCCCGUCGCCCGUGCCGCCGCCGCUGGCGAGAGCCGCGCGGGCGCACCAUGCGGCACAGCAGCAGGCCAGGCAGCAGCCCGGCGGAGACGAGGAAGGCGACGAGGACGAUGAAGAGCGCCGCCUCGACGACGACGACCAGGAGGAAGAGGACGAGGAUGAGGCCGCCGCGGACGGACGGGACACGCCCCCGCCCCCGAUGGCCGUCUGCCCCGAGGAAGAACCCGGCGCCGAGACACGCCAGCAGCACCGGAGCCGGCUGCUAGGAGCAGCCACGGCGGAUAGGAGGAAGUCGACGCCCUGCCAGCCGAAAUUCAUGCAGGGCCGAAGAGGGCGGCCUUCUUUGGACCUCACCGCCGCACAGGCAUCCGGCCACAUCACGCUAGGUAGCCACUUGGAAUCCGAGAUCGCGCGUCGCCGCCACUCGGUGGCCGCAACCGCGGCGGGCGCGGACAAGCCAGCGGCGACCUCGUCCGAUCGGGGCCUCGCGCAUCGCACACAGGCGGCGACCAAGAACCGCGUGGCCACCGCUUCUGCCGGUGCGGACGCCCUGGCCGACGAAGCGGCGCGGGCCUCCUGGCUCCGCGAGGCCGACUCCAGCGACGACGAUGACGACGACGACUUCGACCUGGGCCCGCGCACGGUGACGCCCAACUCGUCGCCCGUCAUGACGACCGCCUCCUCGCUGGCCGGGGCCCGGAGGCCCGUCUCCUAAGCAGGCGGCGACGUAGAUAUGACCGAUGUUUCGGCCGAACACGGCCGUCGUCUAGGCUGGCUCACCACGGUGGAGCCCCAUUCUCAGCUUCGAGUAACAGCGCCCAACACUUGUAGAGGCGCUAGCGUGUCUGCACGCACUGGAGCUCUCUAUCUUUUCGCUGCUUUCUUUUUUUUUUCCUUACCGCCGCAAGCAGAGGGUGAUUUCGUGCGCCCUGCACCGCGAUGAUUCUGUUGAACCUUUGAUUAGAUUUCUUUUGCAAGGCCGGAAGACUCACGUCCUACUUGGCGCUUUAAAAAAUACGCACACUUCGUCGAUCAGAAGCUGUACGUCAUUGCAACCUUUAUUGAACGCUUGUUACAGGACACGAGAAAUUGUUUCUUGUACUGCUUGCGCGUGAAUCAGACUCAAAUUGCUUAAGAACUCUCGCAAUCGGAAGCCCGAGCUAAAACCUUCCGUCUCCUUAAAGAUGGUUGGGUUGGGACCAGUUGCCAUAGGGUGUACAUAUAGUGCAUGAGUAUAAUUGCGGUGCCAGCGGCCGUAAUCAAUGUCCCUGGUAAAGCAGUGGCGUUGCCGCUUGAAACAGAUCGCGGUCGUCAUUUUCGCUCGAGAGCUAUCUCCAACGCGGAUGCCACAAGGAUUGUUGUGUGGACGUUGUGAUGGAACGGCGCCGGUAUCUUUGAAGUAGCCGUGUUCACGAGCAUCAAGAGGCCGAGCGAGUGCGCUGAUUGGCGAGAACCACGUCGGCCAAGCGUUGCUGUGGGCGUGCACAAGCUGUCAAGAAACUUGGCACCUCUUCUUCCACAGUAUGAUCAUUUCAUUACGAAGCAGUUUGUGACAACAAUAAUUGUUUGCCUUCAGCGACGUCAUCACGCAACAACCAGCGAAGAGAGGAGCAAUGUGCAUCACAACGCGAAGGGAAACAAUAAGGCUGUGGCUGACGUGGGACUGGCAGAGGGGGAAAGAUAAAAGCGGAACGGCGCACCCCUCCGAGCUCAGCUUUACACAUGACCGCAAAAAAAUGCUAUAGCAGCGAAGGUAUCAGGUCGCCUCUAACUCUGCUUACGUUUGGCGUUUUGAAACAUUCCUUGGGCGAGGAAGUUUCCAGAGCGGUACUGUAUUGUUCUUAAAAUCGUUCGUUGUUUCUACGAAACGCAUUUCGGCAAGCCUUUUAAAAACUAAGAGAUUGUUUACGCGUCUAGGAGGCUGCCUGCGUGAUCAGGGUGUUUCGUGUCCGAGCGCUCUCAAUAUUGGGCCCGCUACUAUGAAAUCUGCUCCACUUGCGCUGUAAGCAAACGAGCAGCAGGAAGCAGGAAUAGACGGAAAGACAGGAAGGUUAGCCACGAGUAACAUUUCUUGCUACGCCUAUGUGUUUACAUGCACAAGCUAUUUUCGGCGUAAGGAGUUGAGAGGUUGUGGAACGAACGAAUAAUAGAAUAAAUAGGAUGUCAUGUCAAGUAUACAGCAAUGCUCACAACGGUAACUGCAGAUAGCUAAGAGUAUUGUCGUUGGAAGUGUAUGGUAUUGAUACCGGUGAUAUAUAUUCGGCACAGCGAAGAGCUACAUCGGUGAUAAUCACAGGGUCGCUUUCUCGCUUCUACUGCCGACCAUCCGAAGCGGUCGUAAGCGGAAGCAGCGAAGCAUUGGAACACCGGUGACGCCAAAACUGCAUAAGAGUUUUAAAAAAGAACACAGUACGACACCAGUUUGGUAGUCAACGACCGAUGGACGCAGUUUUGGAAUCGGCUGUUUCUCUUCUUGUUACAUGGUAGCUGGUUGCACCAUAAACAUCGUAGAGUGGCCAUUGAGGUAGACGUUAAUGUUCCCUAUCCCGCCACACCUUUAGUUUUCCGUUAUAGCAUUGUGAAUGUGCAAGUAACCCUUACGCUCGCCUAUGUGGCGCUGAAAGCAUUUCCACUCCCAUCAUCUCGUGGCGCAGCUGGUAAACUGCGAACAUUCUUUCACGCCUCCGCCAUGUAUGGAGCGAGUCCGUGUUUUCUUGAUGGCCGCAUCACUUCUACAGUCGGGUACAACUUUAGAAGGCAGCGGCAUUUGCCCCUCAAAGGCAGAUACACACGAGCCUCCACCAACGGGUGCGCACUCUAGAAUGACGUCAUGAGCCAAACGGCCGGGUCGCGUCAGCGGGACUAUUUCUUUAGUCGCGGAGGAAAUCUGCUGUUGCGAUUCGGUCAUCUGGGCGGGGCCUCUCCUGUCUUCUUAAGUUGUUCCGGACUAUAGAGCGUACAGGCAACGUACCUAACACAAAUGCGUCUGUCUUUUUUUUUAAUAAACUGUUCUCUCCGAAAACGCAGCUUGAAAAACUGCAAUAGAUGUUACGCCGUCGCCUAUUCUCCUUUUCGGCGCAAUCCAAUAUUACACGCAUACACGCUUACGAGUGCCGUCAUAAGAGACAUAGCUUAAGUGACUGAUUGACAAAGGCGUUGUUCUCGCCUCCUGUGGGCAGUUGUACGUAUAUUUGUAUAGUGUUAAACCUUGUCGCAUUGUUGUGCUGCACUUCUUCUCGGGCACAGUAUGAUGUUGUGUGAUCCCGUUGUGAUAUCGCAGUAGUAACCGCGUUGCUGUCGUGAAAUUACAUAGUUGUAAACCGUAAAUGUCGCCAAUCACGCCACGCUUCUCUUUGUACAGUACGCGAGAGUUAUUUAAGAAAAAAAAAAUCCUCCGCAGAAGUUCACCCGCGCGACGUGCACGUUGCUUGGCGCUCUUACACGGUCGUGAAGCGCAUGUUGUGACCUGGGAAGAAGUGGCAUAGUGAGAAGUUCGGCAAGUUCGUCUGUAUACUACGCAGUUUGUGUGACAAUGAGCCGCGCAUUUCGUUUUACUUCGAAUUACUUCAUAUUUCGUGUAGCGCAAUUGAAAUAAACAUCUGUUAAAUACCUACUGUAAAAACGAAAUCCUCAAGGUCUCCAUACGGACAUGUUAUAGAGAAAGAAAGAAAUAGAAGUUAGAUGACUCCUCAGGCAACAUAUCGUUUUAUCUGUACUCAGCUAUGAAACCUUUAUUUAUUGUGCGGUGUUUACAAUAAGCAUGACAAAAACGUGCAGUGGUGAAUGAUCACGAAAAUGUAGGCAGGAACAAUUUCUAUACAACUGAUGAAUUUAUGAUAAUUGUUUUUUGAACAGCAAGUACUAUAAUAUACGGGAUGUCAUGAUACAAGCCUGCAUGUUUUUCAACUUGAUUUCAGUGGUGUACAAGUCAAUAUUGCGCACUUUUUCUGGAGCUUUCUGCUAAACGAAAGUACAAGUAUUCAGCUAUAGGUGUACACAUGAAGAAUUAUUACAAGUAACACAUGGUCUACUUUUAGAGAAGUUUACUUAAUUUUAUUGCAUUUGCCGUUUAGGAGUUCUUGUAUUUAAUCCUUUGAAAACGCCGCGAUGUCUGCGGCACCAUUAAUUUUUAUUUUUUAUUUCGUAAUUAGGCCAUCGCGCUGCGUAAAAUGUAUAAACGCACCCAUGCUGGGUGGGGCCACAGAUACGUUGGAAAUACGUCCAAUGUAGUACGUGCCGCUCCACCGGAUCAGCACGGGAAUAAUAUGGCGGCUGUAGCCCCGAUGAUAAAGUGCUUUCGCAAAAAUGAACAUAGAAGCAAAAAAAAAUUUACGCAGUCAUCGCUUACAGCGCAAAAAAACGUUCAUGUGGCCUUCCCAUAUCCCUUAACGAUGUCUUAAUACGCCAGCAAUGUGUUUUGCGUAAAAAAGGAAGUCGAGAGGCGAGAAUCGUGAUGUGCCCGCGGUCCUCGCAAUUCUUAAUCCGGCUCCGAGUCGGAGUCAUCACAGUUCACAACACUGCCUCUUAAGAGCUCACCUGCACGCGUAAGAUCUUUGACAAAUAAUAGUUUGGAGGAUCUGAUUCAAAUUUUAGCUAAGGCAAACUGCGCUUAGAAUUAAUCGAACUAAGUACUCAUUAGAUUAGAAUGCGCCCCAUCCUGCUGACUGUUGUACUUGGAGCGUUGACGGGGACAUUAAUAUUACACUAUCAACAUCCUGCGAUUGAAGUACAACGGUUUUGAUCCUUGUACAUAUUUCUUGCGUACCUAGUAAGUAAAGAUGUACUUGUAAGUGCUCCUGAAGGUAUUCACCAAAGCGUUUUGAAAAAUGCGAGCUCACACGCUGUCUCCGUGGAUGUCGCCCACUCUCGCGAUCCUUGACAGGAUCUCUUCUCGGUAAACAAGGUUCUCUCCCAAGCGCCGUAGGCAUUGUCACUUGCACAAAGCCCCACACACAGCGUCAUUCUUUGUCGCCUCCCUCACAUGGCGCCACCCCGUCAAAGACAUUCGUUCAUGCACGAACGAUAAGACCCACGUGCCGCUUGUUUGUUUCAUCCACUAAGCCAAGUGCUUAAUUCCUUCCUCUUAUCCAUUGUCUGUGCAUUACAGUAUUUCUGUCUGCGUGCAUCUUUAUAGAAAGAAGAGAGCCUCUGCGUUUGAUGCAGAAAAGAAGAGCGAAUGUAACACGAGAAAGAGUAUACAGGAGGGGCAAAAAAGAAAAGAAGAAACGUGCACUCACGUGUCCCAUACGAGCGUUCCUAAGCACUGCGUGUAUUCUGCCCCUACAACCAUGUGGCGUUUGAGUUGCGUAGCACGCACACAUCGUUACGACCUCCAAAUUAGGUUCGGUCACUUCAGAGCUCAUAUCAAUAACGUGUACUUGUAAGGCUCGGUAUCCCUAAAGAGUUUGAAACAUAUAGUGGCUCUCGCACACACAAAACCGUGCACAGAUGGAGUAUUAUUCUGGACACUCAAAUUCCGCCAUGUUUCGCGUUUUAAGCCUAUCACAGAGGCCGCAGCAGCGCGGUGAGCCAAUCAAAGCUGACUAAAUGGCGAAUUCGACAAUAUGGCGCAGUUUGGCAAUGGCCACAAAAGAGUCUAUGCAGCAUUUGUCUGUAAGCCACGAUGCGUGGAUGAAACUGGGACCACUGUGGAUUAAGCGUCAUCGCGACGCUAGGACUCGGUCAUCGAGACAACGCUCCGUGACGGCGCCGCGCCUUCCUCUAAAUUUGAAAGGUGGUUUCGAAAUCGUUGUCGAAACACGGCACGCCAAGACCUCGCGUGUGUUGUCUGCCGCGUUGCCUUGCCCGCGGAGCCCUGUGUAUGUAUAGUGUCGCACAUGCAAAUACACGUGCGCCUAAAUCUGCGCGGCGUCCGCCAUGUUUGCUCAGUGGCUUUGGUGUGGCGCUGCUAAGCACGAGGUCGCGGGAUCCAAUCGCGGCCACAGCGGCUGCAGUUCGAUGUGGGCAAAAUGCGAAAACACCCGUGUACUUGGGUUUACGUGCACGGUAAAGAACUCCAGGCGGUCAAAAUUAUUCUACAGUCCCCGGCGUGCAUCAAUAUCAGAUCGUGGUUUUGGCACCUAAAACCCCACAAUUGAAGAAAACAAGAAAAGCUGCCCUGGUAGACUUAAGUUGCAGCCCAUUGGUUCACAUUAUUUCGGCGUACUGUCAUCUCCAGAGAAGUACUAUAUCCAAUUCGGCUACUGCUUCGAAAUAUUGAAAUCGGACUGCAAAACAUGUUGCGGAAACGUGGAAUCCCCGUCUAAUGUAUUAUGAUAUCGCGCUCAGCAUUUUCAACAAAGACGCAUUUUAUUGUCUGUCGUGUCACUAUCAGAGCGUCUGCGUGAAAACCAUACACGGUUUUCACGCAGUUGAAUGCAUGCUCCCUGCUGAGCGAGCACCCGGAAGCUCGAGCAGCAAACGGUGAAAUGCGCGUCCCGCCGGAACUGUAAACGCUGCGUUCUACGCGCCAGUAUGAACGCCGCUGCUCGGACGUAAUGCGUUUACGCUGCAUCGGGAUCGGUAUGAUGAGAAGCGCACUUUCCUUACAUAUUUAUCAUUCGAGCUUUAAUAAUGCAUCGUUACCAUAAUGCAAUGAAAUCGUAGACAUCUUUUAUAAAAAUUUAAAAAAUAGGAAACUGAAUCGGGUGUCAGACGGCAGUAAAUUUUAUUACUGUCAUUUGAGAAAGAAAUCAGACAGCUAGCCAAAAAUUAAAAGGAGGUUUAAGGAGGAGGAGAAGGAGAAAUAAAGAGAGAAGGAAGGGAUGUUAACCAGAAAUGCGUCUGGUUGGCUACCCUACUCUGGGAGACGGGAAAGAAGGAACAUAAAGAUAAGAUAGAGAGAAGAAGGGAGGGGGAUGAAAGCCGCGGUGAGCUCGUCCAGAAAGUGAAGAGCGGGUUAUGAGCGGGGCCAUAGUCAAGGGCUCCAGAUUAAUUUUCCCCGCCUGUGGUCCUCCGACGUGAACUAAAAAAAUUCUGUUCCCAUCGGAAUGCGGUCGCUGCAGCCGGGAAUCGUAACCACCACCUCGUGCUCACUAGCACAACUGACAACUUUCCGACGAUAACGAUCACAUAAGAGAAGAGGAGUAGCCGGUGCCACACACAGGCACCAACCUCUCCUUAAAUACGUUUAAUAAAAAAGUAAAUGCCCUAACCAGUGAGCCACCACGGCGAGUAAGGCAGUUUGCCACGUGUGAGAAAAAUAGUCCUAGGAAAAAAAAAUAGAAAGAAAUGUGUUCAUCUUGAUAGAACGCUUUCUGCGUGUCCUUCUCAACAGCGUGCAGUGAAUUGUUGCGCUGUCUGUCAACAAACGAAAGUGUUGCGGCUACUCGAAGACGUCCUCAAGCCGAUCUGUUCCGAGAAACCUUUUCGCAGUCGUCCUUGCCAAUGUCCUUUUCUGUUUGUUUUUUUCUAUCUUCAAUUCUAAUGAAACUGUUUAGAGUCAUCGUUACUUCCGACUUCAUUACACUCCUAUCAGUGCGGCGAAGCCUUUAAAUCGGGCCAUCGCGAUCCGAUUAGGAACUCUACCGGCAACAGAAGUAUUGUUUCGGGACGUGUCUGAAAGUAAUAGUUCGGUGACUUCGGUGAAGACGGCUCCAAUGACCGCAGUGGAGAAAAUGUCAGAAAGGAAUUGGCUCUCAAGUGUCCGUGUGGACAAACAACUUCUCAGAGUGAGCAGAGUACUCGGCGGCAGGUCGGUCGGUGUUUAUAGUUGUGUUCUGCGAAUUUUUCUUUCACUCUAAAAAGUCGUCUAUUCGUUUUUAUUUCGUCUUCUUUUCUGAGUUACGUCCUUCAUUCUACACGUGAUCGCUGUUUGCGUCGAGUUCGUUUAUUAGGACAUGUAUUCAUUAGGAUUCAGUUAAAUUCGCUAAGAUAUUAUUUUACUGACUUUCUCCAGCAUUUACUAGAAUAUUUCUAUGCUAAAGGCAGCAGAUAAAUGAAAUCAAACCAACUUUUUUUUCUCUCUCCCUGAAAAUAUAGUAUAAAAGAGCACUCGCUGCAGUUACGUUUGUUUACAGUGGCCAUUUUGCUGGAAAGACAGAUAAGACGGCAAGGUCAGCUUGCGGUUACUGUACUUCUACCCUACUGAACACACAGAAGCACACAGAAACCAAACAAAAUUAGAGAAGAUUGAGGCUUAGAGGAACCUUAAAAGCGGUGCGGCGGUUCUUCCGGUAACACUUCUGACAAGUGGGCAUGUCAUCAUGUGCGUGCGUGCGUGCGUGCGUGUGUGCGUGUGUGCGUGUGUGCGUGCGUGCGUGCGUGCGUGUGCGUGUGCGUGCGUGCGUGCGUGUGUGUGUGUGUGUGUGUGUGUGUGCGUGCGUGCGUGCGUGCGUGCGUGCGUGUGUGUGUGUGUGUGUGUGCGUGCGUGCGUGCGUGUGUGUGUGUGUGUGUGUGUGUGUGUGUGCGUGUGUGUGUGUGUGUGCGUGUGCGUGUGUGUGUGUGUGUGCGUGCGUGCGUGUGUGUGUGUGUGUGUGUGUGUGUGUGUGUGUGUGUGUGUGUGUGUGUGUGUGUGUGUGUGUGUGUGUGUGUGUGUGUGUGUGUGUGCGUCCUGAGCGAGCGAUGCCUGCUACGCCUUCUCACUUAAAAUGUCUAUAAUGCGACAAUAACGUGCCUAUAAAGUUCGAAACGCGCUAAAGCGAAGUUCAUAGUCUUUCUUUCCGCGGAGAAGCUUUUAUAUUCGGUACAAUUCAGGCGGAGAACAAAGGUCAACUCCGAUAGAUUCCCGCGGACACCACUCCCCGAGGCAAGGGUAACUUCGAUCACGUCGAAUAAUGUCCUAGUGAAUAACGUCCUAAUGUGCCCAUUGAUAAACGUGUUUGAUAACUGCUCGCACCUUCGUGUGUUCCAGAGUUUGGCAAUCUUUCGCCGCCUUUGUUGCGUCAGUUUCUGUCUUGUUUCGAAACUUAAGAUGGCUGCUACUAGUGACCCCAUUCACAAGCAAACACAAACACAGUCGCAAUAGUAAAAGAAAGUUAUAAAUAGCUAAGAACGGCCAUUCAACGAAAGCCGAAAGUCCUAGGCGCCUGGGCCGUUCAUGUAGCGUAGAGCGUCCCUGGUGGUGGUGGCGGUGUCUUCUGACCCCAUGGAUCUGAGCAAGUUGGCUCUCGUUUUUUUAAUGCGAUGAAACGUCGCUCUAGCUCGCGAAACAACGGCGCAAGCGCGAAGUCACACAAUACACACUACAACAGCUGCACGUUGCCCCCGCUAUGAGGUCAAUCGCGACUACACAUAAAUCAGAAGGAUUUUCGUCAGCUGCCGAGCUAGAAGAACGGAAACGACGCCGAGCCAAAGCUGCGCUACCCAACAAGGAGAAGCUAAGCAACGGCGCCUGCAACAGAUGCGAGACGCUACGUGCACUAGAGUCGCACGGAAUCGCACCGCCGCACACCAACGUGCUGAAGCAGAACGCCGUUGAUACGCUGCCAAACAUGAUUCAAACAAGCCACCAUGUCUGACGCACUGACGACUAUCGUGAUACCCUAUACUGCAACACAGGGCCGUUAGGAAACUGCAGUACACGUCAUGGUGCGCGUUGGAAAUCUGUGUCGCUCCACAUUUCUUGAAUGCACCGACAGUGACCCUAGAAUUGGUUCUACCGGAUUUCUUUUUCUUAAGUAAUUAUGACCGAGUGCACGCAUAAUGAUACGCGCACACAAAUUUCACCAAAUGGUGUGCCGGCGUCCGUCUUAAAGGGCAAUUCCGGCGAUAUUUCGAUGUCCACUCAUCUUAAUAAAAUUUUGAAUAUAUGUUCUCUUUUGCACUCUGGUUAUCUGUGCCAAACUAUAUGGUUGCAAGUCAUUUACUUUUCCUGAAAAUUAAUUUUAAAAAUUGAUUGCGUUCCCGACUCAUGACUUUAUAUUGGCCAACCUGUGUUUGUGACGUCAGAGACUACUGCGCCACUGCCGCUGAAACCCUCGCCUAAAUCGGCGCUGUCUAAUUCGGAAACUCUGUAAAAGCUCCCUGUGGCAUCAGGAGACACCAUUGGCUUGGCUUCUACGGCGUUAGCACCAAGUGUACUGUGUGUUCAGCACGCGCUCAGCGUGCUUACAUUAUGGUAGUGCAGGAUCUGACGUCAUCGGCUCAUCGUGCCGUCGCAUGAAUCAGCUAGCCGUUUCGGUUUCGGCAUCUCGUUUAUUGGUUAUUUAAAAUUAUUGACGAAUUUCUAAGUAAAUUGAAUCACCCUCCCGGUUACAGGACUGUAAAUGCCAUUUGAAAAUGGCAAUACCCUAAUAUGGUUAAAAAAAACGCCGGAGUUGCCCUUUAACGCUUCCGGCGUGCAUGAGUACGCCCGCGUAGGCAGUUGUAACUGUCCUAGCAAUCUAGUUUGGCAAUGUCACCACGAGAUUUAUUCAGUGAGGCAACGCAAACUUCGCUUGAUGAGGACGUAUUUAGAGAAGAUUCGACUCAAGCACAUGACAGCGCACCCUCGCUGGUUCAUUUGAUAUCGUUUUCACUGUUUAAGUCUUUCAGAAACACCUGGCGGAAUUAAAGCGGCAGCGAUAACGCGUUUUUACUGCCGUUCUCCUAACAUAUUGUCAGCGAUCCCCGUAACUAAUGCAUUUCACGCAUCCAUUUUCGGUCUGGCGAACGAAUUUUCAAGCACGUAUGUCAUAUAUUUUGGCUGACGCCGGAUUUUCAUAGUCGCAUAUGUCCAUAUCGGGAGGCACGUCACCCUUAACGACAGGUCUCUCGCAAGACUUUGUACAGCGAAAGCAGGCAGACUGUGUAAAAAUAAAACUCGACAGAGCGGUUCCUAUGCCUUAAUGGCAACACACGAGGGGAAAGUUUCUUAGCUGCGUUCGAAAAAAUGCUAAUGCCUGAGUCUUCAGCGAGCGAACAUAUUCGGCCCUCAAUUUUCUUCCCAUCACGUCGCCUUGUUCUUCAGAGCAGCGUAAGCUGGUUCGCCUGGAAGCUUGCGCCCAUAACCAGCUUAUGCGUGGGGACCGAAACGAACUUAGCCCCGGCGCUCUGGGCCCUUCAGACUCGCCACGUUAGGCAUUUUCAUCGCUGUUCCCGUCAAGGCUUGUGAGCACAUGUAGCCAUCCUAUUCUUUGUCUCGUAUCCGCUUUCGUAUUCUCUACAAGCUUAAAAAAUUUGAAGCACUCUGCUGGAAAACAGCGAUUCUCGUUGCUACGCAGCUGUUGUCGAACCAAUGUGCUGCGACGCGCUGAAACGUGCAAUAGUGGAGGAAAGAGGUACGCGUAAACAGAGACGCGAUAGACAUGCGGUGUGCGGAGACAGACCAGUAAUGUUCACGUCGAAGCGUGCACCACGAUGUAAGAAGUAAAAAUCAAGUUACACGUUACCACGCCUAAUUUGGUGACACACGCAUCACUCGAGAACUCAAGCAAGAAAACUUCGAAGUAUGAAGCGCUUACUUUCCACCAGGCAAGAGAGCGACUGCAAGAGAGCGACUGUACCAGCUACAGCAUAACACAUCUUAUAUCACAUGAACAGACUCAUAAUAUCGCUGUGUCUUGACAACUUGGUCACGAAGCACUCGACGACAGCGAGCAACAAUCGAAGACAAGAAAAUCACAAAAUUCCUGCCUGCCCCUGCAGUGUCGCGUGCAGCUAAUGUUCAAGCACGUUCUACUUAUAGAGGAAAAGAAAGAACGAAGGCACCAUGAUUACAAAAAGCAGUAAUAACCGUACAUGGGGUGCACAACCUUCCAGUAUUUUUAAAACAGCAAGUCUAGUGCGAGCUGUAAAAGGCACAAAAAAGGAUUCAACAAUCAGUGCGCCUCUAUUUUACACCUAGUCUAACAACGCUACAUGAAAUACGUUGAUAGCGGUCGGUCGUUGAUGCGUGCCCCAGGAAAUGUCCGUGUCCAGCGCGUAUGCAGGAGAGGCGGAAAGUAUGGACCCACACAGCUCCCAAAAGACUUCCGGUUAAGUCCUCUAGAACAACAAAGCUGCAAUUUUCAAUAAAUGUAUACAACCCUGCAGCUGGCACCAGUUCUUUUGUAGAGUUAGAAUGUUUGACUAAUGACUUUUACUGAGUACAACAAGAAAGCGACAUACAUGCGUUCGCCGCAUGGGGCACAUUCCUUAUAUCUGAACACAUCAAGAGUAUUUAAUUUUUCGUGGCGAACUUGGCUCCCAAAAAUGCAUGACCAGAAGUUUUCCGAGGUUACGAACACAUUGCUGCCACAGCGCGGUUUAUAGAGUUCAUAUGCUCCACAACUGGCACUGCCCAAUUUAGGCUGUCCACGCAACACCACGUGAGGUGCGCGUGUACUGUUCCGGGUGACUGUGACCUCCAUACGGACUGCAUUCUUAAAAUGGUUACCGAUUGCUUGACCACAAGUUGCCACGCGUGACGCAACGAGUUCACAGUUGUAUUCCCGGUACUUCAAUAUACCGGUAAUUGAUCAGAGCUCUCGCGAACUCACCGAUGCUAUCACGCUUCAGUAGUACCACAUGCGGUUUACAACAGGGCCUAAAGAAGCACCCGUAACACACGUGGACGCCUGAAAACAUACGAGAAAAACGGUACAGUCUCCGCCAGUAAAGGAAACGAAGUUCUGUGUACUCGAACGCUUGUCCAAUCGAUGCGCUAUUGCUACCGCUGGGAACGACGUCUCGAUCCCAUUUCGAUCGAAAACAUGCACAGUCGUGCGGAGUAUGCGCAGUUCAACAUUUUCAUAACUUGGACUUCCUUGAUCGAAUAGUGAUUAGCGAUCGGAGAUGUCACAGCGAAUAUACGUCGCGUCCCUGCCAGUUUGCUCCCACCGCUCGCUAUGGGUUCCGACGCUGCUGCCCGUGUGGAAAUAACGACCCUGGAUCUUCUAAAUGUAGCGAAAGGCUUUGACCUUGUUGCUGGGCUACCCGAUUGAAAGAUAUAUCUUCAGCGCUUCUCCUGGGUUCGGGCCAGAAGCAGCUGGUAUAGACGACACUCGCCUCGUGCGCAUCGUUUUCCGUUCAGAACCGGCGUGCACGGUUGCACCCCGACGUCUCCUUUGAAAUGAUAUGAUUUUGAUAUGACAAUAACGUUUUUAGUAGUUGCUGGAUGCCUCACCGUUUCUUCACACAAAGGGCACGAGGAAGGAGCUGGCGGCUUUAUAAGAGACGCCGAACUACCGGUUUAGCGUUGGCGCUAAUAAAUUGUUUUUUUUUCUCCAUUGGCACAAACCACGAGGCGCUAGCGGCAGUUGUCGCUACUUUAGAUACGUUUAGAAGAUCCAGGGGCUUUAUUUGGAACGCUUCAGCGCAAGCUGCCUAUAGGUCAAUUGAUCGCAGUGUGUUCUGUCAUUUACAUUUCGAUAAGUUCUCCACAUCCGAGAGUGGCAAGCUAAGCUUGAGGCAUCACUUCGUUUGAAAGCUACAGCUGUCUACCUCAUCUCCUUAAGGUCGAGCAGUGAGAGCUGCCCGGAACUCCCGCUAUCUGUUUUUUCGUAAAAUAUUGAGUCACGUGCUCUAAUUUGGUUCUUCCGGCAGCCGCCACCGGUCAUGUGUUUUAUGUUUUGUUCUGUCUUUUACCGACAUAUGCACACCUAUCUUUCGUUUCUUUAAUGUCUAGUAUAGGCUAAGGCGACGCUGUAAAUGCGCUCCUAUUCACGAGAAGGGACGUUUAUAUUCGUACGAAAAGAAAUCGCGCUAUUGAGCUCGAGGGAAGAAAAAAAGACACGCAAAAAACGUAUCGCUCAUCUCCGCCGGCAGGGCCCACUCUUCGUAAUCGCCGCUCCAGAGAAGAAAUCGCUUUCGGUAGUGAAGGCGGAACAAACGCAGUGCUUUGGAAAGAGCCCCAUCAAAACGCUUUUGGGACGCGGUGGGGUGUUUUGUCAGUUUAUUGGCACAGUUAUUCUCUUCUCGGGCAGUAGUUUGCUUCUCCGGCACUCUUUCUGCACGGAUGGCGAAACGAUGUUGCAACUCGCCCUUUCGCGUUUGAACGAGGCACCAAACGUAAGCGUUCGUGAGCAGCAAACGUAAACAUUAGGGAUGAGCCAUGGAAAAUGAGACUUGUUGAGAGGCCGCCGUGGGAAGGCGCUCGCUUGGUUUUCUGUACCCGCGAGAGCGCAUAGCGAUCACUGGCACCCAGCAGCGUUUUUCCUAUCUCGACCCAGGCGAUCGUCGCUUGCAUAAUUGCUUCAUUGAACAGGACGCCGCGCGUGUAUUCUUUGGCGUGUUAUUUUCAUUUUGUUUCGCUGUCUUUCUCUCUCGAGAUCUCGUGAGGUACAAGCGCUUGCGUACCGAAUCAUCCCAGCACACCGGCGAGGUAUGCGGCUGCCCGAGCGAGAUAUUUCUUUCUCUCUUCCCCUUCACAAAAGAGCGAUGCAUGGGCUGUUGUUCUAGCGACACUGAAAUCGUUGUUGUGGCUGUUCCGUAGAGUUAGCGUGCAUCGCGUAGCACCGCACCUCUUUUGAAGCUUCUCGCUCUCUUAUCAUUGUUAUUUUAUUUUUGCGGAAGGUGUUGUACAGUGUUCGAAGGAGGAGACGUUACAUUGUUUCAAGUGGCCCGACCGUCGGUGUCGAGGUCGGCAGGGCUUUAGGGUGGCGCAACUGCCUACGCAGUGUGUGGAGUAAGGGGUUUGACAAAGAGGAAGCGUUUGUCACAUGCUGUUUAGUGGUUUCACGCGCAUAUUUUUCCGCCUGUUGUUGCGCUUAAGCGCGUGAGCUGUAUAAUACAAUUGCGACGUUGUGCUGUACGCAGUGUCUAUUGCACGUUCGUAUAUAGCGUGUGUGUCUGUGCGCGCGUGUGUUUGUGUACGUUGAAGUGUUGUGAAGUGAUGUGUCUCUUUUCUCUGCCUCGUCUGGCUUUAAAUCAAAUUGCUUUAUUCUGUAUAAAGUUAACGUACAGUGUGACCAGUGAUCGUGCAAAGCUUGUGAAUGACCCCCGCCUCAUUCUAUAGCAUAUAGUGAAGUUUAAGGACGGUUGAAAAGGACAAUGCAGCUUUAUUUUGCUAAAAAGCGCUCGUACUGUGAGUGACAGUAUUGCUAGCUGAUGCGCGUGUUGUUAGCCGCUGUGAUUAUAAUUAAGAACAGUGGGAUAACUAUAUAAGCAAUAUUUAAAAGGAAAACACUAUCCUAUUUAAUUAUUUUCUUAUCUAUUUACAUCGGAAGUAUCCACACCCGCGUGUUCGACGUGUAUGCGCUGCAAAAACGCGGAUGAUAUUAGUUGCACAGUUAUUCCUAUCUUUUGAUACACCAAAUCACAAAUUUACUGUAACACUUGAGGCACUCAACAAGGGAAUGGUGAUACCUUAAGCAGAAUUUAAAGAUAAAGAUGACAACUGACCUGACACAGAGAUGCGCUGCAUGUCGAAAGCUAUAUUAGCUUAUAGCUCCCAUGUGAUUUUUCUUCUGUUUAUCUCAGUUCCUAUGUUUAACAUUCGUCUGUCAAGUUACAGUUAUCAGUUGUCUCGGCUAUACAAAUACACUUAAAAACAGCAAAAGCUUUCUUACUUUGUCGUGAUAAUUGGUGACCGCACGCAGAAGUGUCGUCGGUAUACAUCUGAUCUCACUUCGCAUCAAAAGUUUAUCCAUCCAUCAAGGCCCCAGCUGUUAUUAUUGCCUUUUUUUUUAUUGAAGUGAAUAUUAGGAGAGGUUGGCGCCUUUAUGGUGGCACCGGCUACUCCUUGUCACUUGGCAAAGGAAGCAAAUUUGCGUAAAAAGGGGAGAAUAGCGACACGAAAUAUGGCACUCAGUAGAACACUGGAUGAAUAAAAAAUAUACAGUCCAAAGUCCAAAGUCCAUCAGUCGCAAAGUUCUGUACAUUAGUUCAGACCACGUACGCAUAUAUAAAGUCAGAUAUUUUGUGCAGCCAAAACACACAACUUAUUGCUACCUUACACUGACUCUAUUUAUAUCUCAGUGUGGCGGCUGAAGUUACGCCUUCGAGGGUCCGUUUUACCCAUGGACGUUCUCGUAAAUAUCUGUCACUUUGGGUCUGCCUUUGCAUAUCUCGCGACGUAAAUGUCAUGAAAAGAGACUGAGGGAAAACACGGGGAAGUCGGGAGAUGGAAAUUCAAGACGAUGAGCGAAACGAGAAGAAGGUUAAAGCAGGAGACAACGUUUCGACAAGUCCACUUGACGAAACGCUUGCUCCCACUUUUACCUUGUUCUCAUUUUGCUCAUCGUCAUGAGAAGAGACUGGCAACAUUGUUUUAUUUUUUUAAACAACGAGAAACAUUCAAAAGAUUUGACUAGCUCACUACCAACUAAAAGACUAUGACAUUUAAAGGCAUUACAUCAGCGCACGCAAAAAACUUCGUAGACGCCUCCUUCCUGGACUGAACAGGCUGGUUUGUUCGAAAUGGCAGCGUGACUGCAGCUCCAGGAAGAAGGAAAGUAACAGCAACAGCCAGUCCCUUCAGUCAAUUUAACAUUGCCAAAGUAUUCGCAUAGGACAAAGAGAGAGUACAUAAACAAGCAAACAAGCGUACAAGGACGAAGGGAUGCAUCAUUUAGGCAUUACAUUUCUUACUCUGUCUUUAUGUUUUAUUUUUUCCUCCGUCUUAGAAGGCUUGAUCGAUGUUUCGUUCAAUUCGGAGGUAUGGGUAAGCUCAGAAUACCUCAAAAGAUUGCUUGCUUAGAGCAUAAUUUGAUGUAAGUAGCCUUCGAGAACAAGGACAAAGUGAGAUUAUUUUAGCAAAAUGUUAUCACAGUGAAAAAGAAUUUUCGCCCUUAUAAGUGUUGUAGAAUUCUAAACUUUAAAGCUGUAAUUUGUUUUUUCUUUACGCGACAUCGAACUCAAACAAGGCUUGCAAUGAAAAAAAAAAAGAAAGAAAGCCGCAGUAGACGAUUGUGUGUAAUUCUGACCACCGGGUGCGCUGCGAUACGUCUGUCAAGAGGGUUUUACAGUGAGAUGUACGAAAGUUUAUUUCAUGCAGCUUUCGUGUCGUUUGCCUUCCUUCUUUAUUUGCUUACUCUGCCACAAAAAGUCCUAAAAAAAAUAAAAGGAAACUUCAUUUGUCCCUAUGCCAUGAGAGAACCCUUAGGGGAACCAAUUUCUUUUACUAUAUACCAUAGCCGAUACCGCCUGCCGUCGACAGCGCAUGCGCAAGGGUUGCCCUGCGUGCACAGUUGGGAAGAGGUGGUAUACGUAGCUGUUACGGUAGAACGGUAACGGCUAUGCUAAAGUACUUUGUGGACGCGCGGACGCUGCAUGUGUCCGUGUGUCCGUUUGUCCUUACUUCUCGUGCGCGACCUGCGCCGAAUCAUGCAUCCCGAACACGCCCAAACCGCGCAGAACUUGCUACUAUCAGCGCGCAAAAAGCGAUGCGUCGACAAUUUUUUUAAAAAGCAAGCAAAUAAAACAAUGAAGCUAAUAGACUCAACAACCGCUCUGGUGUUGCGUCUACUUGUCUACUUUCUUCUUUUAGCACACGCCUCUUCUUGUGGGCUGCUGCUAGCAAGAACUUCAUCACCCAACCUAACUAGCUUAGCGGCUCGCGUUGAAACGUAUUUACCGAGGCUAUGGGAUGAGACUUAGUACGAAGGGGCAGUUAGGACAAACGCUUGAACUCCAGCCUGCGUCCUUUCUGUUUCUUCCAAGUCCAACGCUCAGUUCUGGUAAAUACGUUUCACACUUACCAAAGUCAAGUACCAUUGCCUUCCACUUUUACCUAAAGCAAGUUACGCCGUUAAAGAUAGCGCAGCGAAGAAGACGGCGUUUUUUUUUUUUUUUAACUUAUCCGACCUUGUUUUAGACUUUCAUUAUGCAGGGGCACAGAAAAAAGCUGCUUCUCCAUCUCCAUCCCCUAGUUUCCUAGCGCUAUAGCGACUCGAUCAAGCAAGCAUCGCACUUGCCAUCUCCCCUUUCCAACAUAAAAAAAUGAAAUAAUAUAACAACAGAUUAUCCGUGCACGUCAUUCCAAUUUAAGAUAAUAACAAUAAUAUUAGUGAAUAGAAAGACCUAUUUGUGCAUGACGACAGUGAAAAUCGGAGAACACGCACAAACGGCAUUAACUGCGGCAACUUUACAAAGAUAAAUAUCGCAUUGCCUAAAUUAAAAUAAAUUCUGAGAUUUUGCGUGUCAAAAUCAUGACAUUAUUUUGAGGCACGCCGUAGUGGGGGACUUCGCAUUAAUUUUGACCAAAUAGAGUACUUUUACGUGCACCCAAUGCACGGUACAUGGGCGUUCUUACAUUCCCGCCCCCCCCCCCCCCCCCCCUUCCCCGUCGGAAUGCGUCCGCCGCAGCGGUCCGAAUUUGAUCCCGCGACCUCGUACCUAGAAGUAUCGCAUUCAUUCUCCUCUCGGCUAACUUUGUUAACACAGCUCAGCACUCAGGCACUUCCGCGAGAGGUGUUUACGUGAACAAUCAGGUGUACAGAGCAGCCCACUGUUUACUCAAACACUGCGGAUUCCAUUUACUGGUCUUCUAGUGGCAAGUGCCGUCUAAAGCUGUGUGAAUUGCAUCGCACAGGUGUGUAGAAAAGUGCCAGCGCCACCAAUCGCAAGUCAUCUGCUGCAAAUUUGGGCAAUUGUACGCUCGCCAGAGGGGAAAAUUCGCAAGUGCCCUACACUCAGUGUUCCCUUUAGCAGUGAACAGCAGUGUACACUGUUCCAUAAGUCCUCAAUGACGCUAUGAGACAACUAAUGAACGGCAAAGGGAACGUUUGUACUGUGCACGUCCCACUUAACAGUUCGUUACACUUGCGCAUGCGCGUUCACCAAACUCGAAUGACAAAAGUGUAACGACAGACAAAUCCUUAACAUGAGACAGGUUUCUCCCGAUGACGUCGCAACCAAGUAGCGACGACGUCGGUAACGUCACACGUUCUGCGGAUGUCCCGCUCGAAGACGUGGGUGUGUGUCGCACGACACUUGUUGAAAUGGAGUGUAUAUGACGGAACCCCGUCGCCUUGGGAAGGAACGUGACGAAAGACGAAAACAAACGCCGACCACAAGAGAUUUAGUAAUGUUAACGUAUGUCAGCUCUCACGUCCAAAAUGAAAGUAGAAGCGAGAAAACAGCCGCUUAAGUACAUCGUAUAACGUAAAACUUAGCAACGUACUCAAGCAACUGUUCAAGCGAAACGUCAUCAUUGCUAAAUCCUUUGUGAACGGCGUUUGUCUUCACCUUUUCUCACGACAUUUGUUAGUUCAAAUUUAUCAUGACGACUGGAUGUCAUGUACAGAAGUAUUUCUUUCUCUCUCUCUCUCUCUGUCUCUCUGUAUGAAAAAGAAAAUGCUGGACUUGUUGGCCAACCGCCUCGGCGGCUCGUACUAUACACGUGGUCUUGUCGGGGUAUAAUUUUUAUGCUCGCUCAUUCGAAAUCGUUAGCGGCAUCUAUUGUUCAUCUGCAAGAAGACCCUGAAGCGAGCGAGUUGUCGAUGCUGUCUGUACAUACACCUUGACGUUUAACAGUGUUGACCAAAUCCAGUGUAUUGUUGUUCGUGACGGAAGGAAACGAAUUAUUUAGCGUAAUAAAACGAUGUUCGUAAAAUUGA